AUUACCUGAACAAUUGAACAUGGAUUCUGCGAAUGUAAUAAGCAUAGUUAAUUUUCAAGAAAUAUGUCGUGUCUGUUUAAAAAAUACGGAUACUCUUGUUUCAAUAUCUUUAUUUAAAAUUAUUAAUAUGAUAAAGGCAUGCACGUCGGUACAAGUAAAUGAAAAUGAUCAAUUACCACAACACAUGUGUAAUUCUUGUUGGCUUCAAUUACAAUGUGCAUUUAAUUUUAAACAAUUAUAUGAGAAAUCCGAUGUAGUUUUAAGACAAAUAUUACAAGAUCACCAAAUAUUCUAUGACGAUUAUUGUGAGAAAGAUAAAACAACAGAUUCAUGCAAUAAUUUAAACACAGAUUCAACAAAUUAUGUUUGUGAAUUAUGUAACAGUAAAUUUGAUAAAGUAUGGUAUUUAGGAUAUCAUAUGCGGUGUGCACAUUUUGCAACAGGCAUAAAAUGCAGUAAAUGUACCUUAAUUUGCUAUCACCAAUUACAUUUAAAAUUGCAUGAAGAAUCACAUUCAAAGUUAUACAAAUUUACAUGCGACAUAUGUAAGAAACCAUUUAAAAGCGACGCAUCGUUAAGAAAACAUCAGGGAUCACAUCAAAAUGUAAACCAAAUUUCUAAAGAUCAUAAUUAUGGUGAAAUAACUGAUAAACAAUUUUAUGAUUGUGAAUUAUGUAAAAGCAGAUUUAAUAAUGUAGAGAGUUUAAGUUCUCAUAUGCGACAAUCCCAUAACGCUGAAGAACUGAAAUGCAGUAAGUGUACAUUAAUAUGUUAUCACCAAUUACAUUUAAAAUUACAUGAAGAAUCACAUUCAAUUUACAAACAUAAAUGUGACAUUUGUGAUAAACGAUUUCAAAUAGAAGCAAAGUUAAAACAACGUCGUGUUUUCUGUGUAUUCCAUUCAAAUGAAUCCACAUCAUUGUCUUAUAAUAAUAAUUUUGAAGAAAACGAAGAAAUUAAUUCACGCGAAGAUGAAGAAACUGAUUCAAAAUCUGAUAUAAUCUUACGAAAACUUUUACAAAAUAAUCAACUAUUUGACGGUAAUAAUGUUGAGAAAAAUGAACCAAUAGAUUCGUGCAAAGUUGAAAAAAUAGAUUCAAAUUCCGACGUAAUAAAUAACCAACUAUUUGAGAAAAGUGAAAAAAUAGAUUCAUGUAUAGAUGAAAAAACUGAUUCAAAAAAUUAUGUUUGCGAAUUAUGUAACAGUGAAUUUGGAAAAGUAUGGCAUUUAGGUACUCAUAUGCGACAUGCACAUAAUACUAAAGGAUUGAAAUGCAGUAAAUGUGCUUUGAUUUGUUAUCAUCCAUUACAUUUUAAAAUGCAUGAAGAAUCACAUUCAGUUUACAACCACAAAUGUGACAUUUGUGAAAAACCAUUUAAAACUGAAGCAGAAAUAAAACGCCAUCGUAUAUCACACUCAAAUAUCCGAUCACUAAAGUGUACUAAAUGUGACGGUAUUUUCAAAGAUCAAAGGAGUAUCAUUUCUCAUAUGAAAACAAAACACUUGGAUAAAGUAUACACAUCAUGUCCGAUAUGUGGUAAACAAGUUUGGGAUAACAUACUUACAAGUCACAUAAAAAGAGUGCAUGGAACACGACGAUUUUCAUGUAACUAUUGUACCAUUAAAUUCUAUUAUAAAUCUAAUUUGAAUAGGCAUAUUAGAGAAAUUCACCACAAAGUACUGAAACCUAGACAUUUAUGUAAUAUUUGCGGCAAAAGUAUUCGCAGUUCAAGUGAUUUAAGAAUACAUUUACAAACGCAUACAGAUGUACGUCCGUUUACAUGCAUUCGAUGUAAUAAAAGUUACAGAUCAAAAUCAGCAUUGUCAGCACAUAUCCAUCGUGAUCAUUUAAAUCAGCGUAAUUUUGUCUGCAAUAUAUGCUCGCGAACCUUUUUUAGACGUGCUAUGUUAGAGACACAUAUGCUUUCACACAGUGAAGACACUCAAUUUAAAUGUUAUAUUUGUGAUAAAUCUUUUAAAUAUAAAAUGAGUUGGUGGCGACACAUGAAAGCAAACCACAAAUAGGCAAAGUUGAGUACCUUUGAAGUAAUAUAUUGCCCUUGCCGCGGGGCCCCAGGCAGCUGCAUAAUCCAUCUAUUGGUUAAUGCGACCCUGUUUUCUGGGGUUUGUGAAGGACUAUCGGUCCAUGUAGUAGAAAGUCAGAGAAUUUUUUAAAUAAAUAAAAUAAAAUAAUAGAUAUAAUAACAUGACAUACUUAAGUGUUUAAAUAUCCUACAUUGAAAUUUAAUAAGCUUGCUAAGAAAGUGUUAAUAAAUGUUUGACCCGAUAUCUUUGAUAAUUAUUAUGAAUCCAUGAUUCUUGUUUUAUUGAAUAGAGAUAGAUAGUAAAUUAAACUUGAAGUUAAAAAGCCACUCCUAAGCAGAAAAGGGAUCAGAUACAAAAAUUUGGUUUGAAAAGCUGCAAAUUGGUGACUUAAUAAGUCACUAAAACGUACACAGUUGUAAAAUUUAAAAAAUACAAACAUUUAUAAAA